AUGCAUACAGAUGUUUGGAAUGUUUUCGUUGGGCCAGUAUCUGUGGCCGAGGUCAACACCACAGUUGCCCCAACGCCGGUACCCUCUUCAGAAUUAGUCCCUCCACCACCACUAUACUUCGCUCCUUUUCCAAGAGGCCAGCAGGUACCUUUGCAAACAAAGAACGAGAGUUGGUCUUUCCCGAGGGAUUUCUGGUGGGGAUUCGCUAGUGCUGCAUAUCAAGUUGAGGGCGCGGUCAAGGAUGAAGGCAGGGGCCCUAGCAUCUGGGACGUCUUGACCCAUCGUGCCACAAAUUUUGUGGUUAAUAAUGAUACGGGAGAUAUUGCAAACAACCAGUACUAUCUUUACAAGCAGGACAUCGCCCGAAUUGCAGCUGCUGGAACCAAAGCUUACUCCUUCUCUAUAUCCUGGUCGCGUAUUUUCCCAUUUGGAUCGGGCGCCGUCAACGAAGCCGGCUUACGCCACUACGACGAUUUGAUACAGACAUGUCAUGACUAUGGCGUUGAGCCAAUCGUCACAUUAUACCACUGGGAUCUUCCCAUGAUCCUUCAAAACAGUUAUGGAGGCUGGCUCAGUGACAAAAUAGUCCCUGACUUCACCGAAUACGCCCGCAUCGCCUUCUCACGCUGGGGCGGCAAAGUACGAACAUGGUUCACUAUGAACGAGCCCCUUGUUUUCUGUGGAACGUACCCCUUACCCAAUGGCUACUUCAAAAAUACAAGCAUUCCCACAUGGCAACAGAAGUACUUUUGUGGCCACAAUGUGCUUCUAUCCCACGCAAGCGCAUAUCACGUCGGGAAAGCCUUGUAUCCGAACAUCUCCAUCAGCAUCAAGACAAACGGUGGCUACAAGGUCCCACUCACAAAUUCUUCCGCCGAUGCAGAGGCUGUGCAGCGCGCGUGGGACUUCAACGAAGGCUGGUUUGCCAACCCCCUGUUUAUCAAUGGCGACUAUCCACAGUCGUACAAAGACUAUGUCUCGGCUUUUCUCCCGGAUUUCACACCUGAACAGUCUGCGUUGAUCAACGACUCAUGCGACAUUUUCGCGCAUGACGCUUACACAUCGUCAUUCUACUUCGCGCCUGACGCUGGCAUCGACGGCUGCCUAGCAAACAGUUCCAACCCACUGUAUCCUGGCUGCUUCAACAGCUCCAACACAUACGCCACAGACGCUGGUGGAUGGAACAUUGGCCCGGCAGCUGAUCCUGGUGCACCGUGGCUGCACAAAGCGACGGAUUGGGUACCCACAUUUCUGCACUACAUCCAAGAUACAUGGAAGCCGCGCGGUGGGAUCGCAGUGUCGGAAUUUGGCAUGGCGGAGCCAUUUGAGAGUCUGAAGACGAUUCGAGCAGAUAUCCUAAGUGACCCAGUACGGAGCAGUUACUAUCGGGACUACAUGCAGGCUAUUUUAAUUGCCAUUAGUGAGGGAGUGAAUGUGGUUGGGAGCUUAGCAUGGAGUAUUGUCGAUAACUUGGAAUGGAACCAAGGUUACUCUGUGAAGUUUGGGGUGCAAUACGUGAAUCUCACGACACAGGAACGAUACUUCAAAGCCAGCUUUUUCGAGUAUAUCAAUGCAUUCAAGACAUACCAGGAACAGUAG